AUGUCAUUUUUAUUUGACUGGAUCUACAAAGGCUUUAGUAGUGUUUUACAGUUCUUAGGUAAGUUCUGUCUACUGAAAUGUCACAACUUAAAAGAAUAAGACGACACUUUUACUAUUUUAAAAGAAUAGAAGCAACAGAACCAUUUAUAUUCGUGAUAUGAUUUUUAUAUUAUAUGGAGUAUAUUCUUAUAUUCUUAUGGGAUUGAGUGGCCCUCAAAAAUGUGGAUUAUUUCUAAUCAUUUGUGAAAUGUUUUUUUGCAGGUCUUUACAAGAAGAGUGGGAAGCUGGUUUUCCUGGGACUGGACAACGCUGGUAAAACAACCCUUCUGCACAUGUUGAAAGAUGACCGACUGGGCCAGCAUGUACCAACACUGCACCCCAGUAAGUUAUUGUAGAGAAGAGUGUGCUCGUUUUUAAAAGAAUAAAUUCUGUUAAAUAUGAAAUACAAGUUAAUUAAGCAGUUAAUGAACACAACAUUACUAAUUGCAUCCUUUUUCUGCGCUACCUGUUAAAAGAAUUACCUGAUGUGUUGGACUGAGAUAAACAUUUUUGAUGGAUAGUGUCGUGCUGUGAUUUCCUUUGUAAUUUUAAGCACCUUUAAUUCUCAGUGAACAGACUACAAAUCAUAUCAUUUAAAAAUAAUUUGACAUUUUUCUACAGCAUCUGAAGAGCUCACAAUCGGAGGGAUGACAUUUACAACAUUUGACCUGGGAGGGCAUGUGCAAGGUGAGAACACCUCAGAAACAGUUCAGUCAUCACCUCUUUUUCAAUGAUUUUUAAAGCUCAUUUUUUCUUUAAUCAACUUCCUCCACAUAAGCUUACGACAGCAGAGACCAGCUGACCAGUUACAGUCCUCAUGUCUGCCACAUGGUGUCUCUGCAGCUGUUUGUAGUGCCCAUAUGCAGUAUUAAAUCAGCUCUAAUGCAACUGUUGAACUUAAGGUGUUUAGCAUAUUGAAUGAAAAUUUUUAAAAAAUCUAGCCAGAGCUGAAAACAAAGAGAUAAAGUUGGCAACUGGUGUUUCCUUGGAAACUCAAAAAAUAAAAAAAAUCCACAUAGGUAUUUUCACAAGCUUGAUUGGAGCUCCUCUGAAUACUGUCAGGGAGUGUUUAGUCGCUUGAUUGACAGCACCCACAGUUUUCUUUUGGUGUUUUUGCACUUGCCAAGGCUGAACAGUUUACUCUUUGUUUUCAGUCAGAUUGGAUUUAUGGGCACACACUGAGUAAAGCAUAUUUAGUGAAAUAUACAUCUAUGUGACUAUUAUACUCCUUUAUAUUUGAAAACAAAGAUGAUAAAGAAGAAAUUUACACCGAAGAGAACUAAUUCACUCGCUGUUUUCCCUUUUUACGACAGCUCGAAGGGUGUGGAAGAAUUACCUCCCGGCUGUGAAUGGAGUUGUGUUUCUCGUAGACUGCGCGGAUCACGACAGGCUCACAGAAUCCAAGACUGAACUCGAUGUAAGAUUAAACAUCACAGUUACAAGCUGUUUGCUGCGUGCGCCACUGCCUGUUGUCUGUCAACACUAGAUUGAUGACACUGAUUUUGUUUUCCAGGCUCUCCUAGGAGAUGAGACUAUAGUGAACGUGCCAGUGUUGGUGUUGGGUAAUAAGAUUGACCGUCCUGAGGCCAUCAGUGAGGGAGGACUGAGGGGAGCCUUUGCUCUUGAUGGUCAAGUAACAGGAAAGGUAGAGCUGUUCUCCGGGGGACCUUUAAUUAUAGACUAAUGAAAUUACCCAAGCGUAAAGGAACAUGUCCCUUUGCAUGAUGACUGUGGUCUCAUUCAUCUGUCUUGUUGUCAACAGGGAAAUGUCUCUUUGAAGGAACUGAACGCCCGCCCGCUGGAGAUUUUCAUGUGCAGCGUGUUGAAAAAACAAGGCUACGGGGAGGGUUUCAGAUGGUUAUCACAGUACAUUGACUGA